CUGCUCAAUUUCCACCAUCUCUGACAGCCUUGAAGAAACACAGCGACAUCCAAGCCUUCGUCUUCGGCUUGAUCUUCUUCCCGUCGCCGCCGUCUUCGAUCGUCUUCGUUCGUCUUCGUUCGUCUUCGUCUUCCCCUUCAAGGUUUGUUAAAGAUGGCCGAUGGUGAGGACAUUCAACCCCUCGUUUGCGACAAUGGAACUGGAAUGGUGAAGGCUGGAUUUGCUGGUGAUGAUGCUCCCAGGGCUGUGUUUCCUAGUAUUGUUGGUCGCCCACGACACACAGGUGUCAUGGUUGGUAUGGGUCAGAAGGAUGCCUAUGUAGGUGAUGAAGCACAGUCGAAAAGAGGUAUCCUUACCUUGAAGUAUCCCAUUGAGCACGGUAUAGUGAGCAACUGGGAUGACAUGGAGAAGAUCUGGCAUCAUACUUUCUACAAUGAACUUCGUGUUGCUCCUGAAGAGCACCCAGUUCUGCUCACAGAGGCUCCUCUCAAUCCUAAGGCCAACAGAGAAAAGAUGACCCAAAUUAUGUUUGAGACCUUCAAUGUGCCUGCCAUGUAUGUUGCCAUCCAGGCUGUUCUCUCACUUUAUGCCAGUGGUCGUACAACAGGUAUUGUGCUGGACUCAGGUGAUGGUGUGAGUCACACUGUCCCAAUCUACGAAGGUUAUGCCCUCCCUCAUGCCAUCCUUCGUCUGGACCUUGCUGGUCGUGACCUCACAGAUGCUUUGAUGAAGAUUCUCACUGAAAGAGGGUACAUGUUCACCACUACUGCUGAACGGGAAAUUGUCCGUGAUAUGAAGGAGAAGCUUGCAUAUGUUGCCCUUGAUUAUGAGCAAGAACUUGAGACUGCCAAGAGCAGCUCGUCAGUUGAGAAGAACUAUGAGCUUCCUGAUGGCCAAGUCAUCACAAUUGGAGCUGAGAGAUUCCGGUGCCCAGAAGUGCUCUUCCAACCAUCCCUCAUUGGAAUGGAAGCUGCUGGCAUUCAUGAGACUACCUACAACUCUAUCAUGAAGUGUGAUGUGGAUAUCAGAAAAGACCUAUAUGGAAACAUCGUGCUCAGUGGUGGGUCAACUAUGUUCCCUGGUAUUGCAGACCGUAUGAGCAGGGAGAUCACCGCUCUUGCUCCAAGCAGCAUGAAGAUCAAGGUUGUGGCUCCACCGGAGAGAAAGUACAGUGUCUGGAUUGGAGGGUCCAUCCUUGCAUCCCUCAGUACCUUCCAACAGAUGUGGAUUUCCAAGGGUGAGUACGACGAGUCAGGUCCAUCCAUUGUCCACAGGAAGUGCUUCUGAGUUCUCCAAAUGGUUUUGAUGGUGAGCUAUUUUUCAAUUUAGUUGGAUUUUUGUGUCAUGUGUCAUGAAGUCAGUUUGGUUGGCAACGAUGUGUUGAGGUGGGGUCACUCGAGGACGGGGUAGAUUCAGAUGUUGACUUCUCAUCCACGCGAGAGAUUUUGCUUGCAAUGGCAAAUGGUUCUAUGUAUAUGUGGUGGGCAGAAAAUCAGUCCAAAACCAUCCUCGCCUUGCCUAAUCAUCGGUUCAACCAUCUAUUUCGGUAGGAUGUUUGUAGCAGGAGAGUGAUUGGGAUGCUUUUCUUCGUCUUCCUUUUAUUUCACUUUUGUUCUAUAUUUGACGGUCUUUUUUCAUCCGGGAACAUUAAUAUUAAUAGUUUUUAUUGUAUCUGAAAGUUUAUUGUAGCGUCAGUUUGUGGUCGAAAACUGGUAUGCAAAUUUAUAUUUAAAUACUGGCUUGAAAGCUUGAGAGGAA